GACGGAAGCCGGGGAGGAGGCCCAGGAAGUGACGGCCCCUCCGCGCUCCCGGGCUCUUGUGGAGUCCGCGAAGUGGGCGGUGAGGUUGCUGUGGCUGCUGCGCUCCCCGGCCCUCGGCGAUGGAGAACGGAGCGGUGUACAGCCCCACUACGGAGGAGGACCCGGGCUCCGCCACAGGGCCCCGGAGCGGCCUCGCUGCCUACUUCUUCCUGGGCCGACUCCCCUGGCUCCGGCGCGUUCUCAAGGGCUUGCAGCUGUUGCUGUCUCUGCUGGCCUUCAUCUGUGAAGAAGUUGUAUCACAAUGUACUUUGUGUGGAGGACUUUAUUUUUUUGAGUUUGUAAGCUGCAGUGCCUUCCUUCUGAGUCUUCUUAUACUGAUUGUUUAUUGCACUCCCGUUUAUGAUAUGGUUGAUACCACAAAAGUAAAAGCAUCGGAUUUUUAUAUUGCUUUGGGAACAGGAUUUGUGUUUUUGUUGGCAUCCAUCAUUUUUGUUUCCACACAUGACAGGACUUCAGCUGAAAUUGCUGCAAUUGUAUUUGGAUUUAUAGCAAGUUUUAUGUUCCUACUUGACUUUCUCACUAUGUUCAUUGAAAAACUACGGGAGUCCCGGCUGAGAAAACCUGAAAAUACCACUAGGGCUGAAGCCCUCACUGAACCACUUAAUGCUUAAAGAUUCUGGGGAGCAGAUGUUACCUAAGGUAGUGACGCUGCAUUGUGGUGCCUGAGCCCUGGAAGAAACUCUUGUAGAAUUUGUGUAAUUGUUUAAACCACGUCUUUUGGAGAGCAAAGGGAAGAUCAAGAAGGCAGUUUUAUCAGUAUUGUGUCAGUCACCACAAAUCAGGUCAGAGAAGCAAAAAAAAAAAAUGUUUUUAAUAAUGAUCGAAACUAUCUCAAAUGGAGAUUUUGGUGGGAGGAGGGGAGGACAAUGGUUUCUUUAAAUCGCACAGCUCGACCGUUGAUAAAUGAUUCUGUCAUUCUGUUACAGGUCAUUCUUUUACUAGGCUUAGCUUCCAAAUUAUGCUUUAUAGCUGUAUAAACAUGAUUAUAUUAAUCUAUUUAGAAAUUGUUUUA